AUGCUUGGAGUGAUGAAAUUGCAUCAAGGACAAUACAAAGAAGCAGUUUCAUUUUAUGAAAAAACACUUGAAAUCGAGCGAAAAACUCUUCCGGAAGAUCAUUCUUCAUUGGCUCCUACUUACACUAGCAUCGGUCUUGCGUAUGACAGCAUGGGUAACUACUCGAAAGCACUUGAAUUUUACGACAAAGCACAUAAAAUCUAUGAAAAAUCUCUGCCUCCGAAUCAUCCCUCAUUGGCUACUCCCUACAACAACAUCGGUCUUGCGUAUGACAACACGGGUAACUACUCGAAAGCACUUGAAUUUUACGACAAAGCACUUAAAAUAAAAGAACAAUCUCUGCCUCCGAAUCAUCCCGAUUUGGCUACUACCUACAACAAUAUCGGUGGAGUGUAUGACAGCAUGGGUAACUACUCGAAAGCACUUGAAUUUUACGACAAAUCACUUAAAAUACUCGAAAAAUCUCUGCCUUCGAAUCAUCCCGAUUUGGCUACUUCCUACAACAACAUCGGUUUUGUGUAUAAUAACAUGGGUAACUACUCGAAAGCACUUGAAUUUUACCACAAAUCACUUAAAAUAAGAGAAAAAGCUCUGCCUUCGAACCAUCCCUCAUUGGCUACUUCCUACCACAACAUCGGCCAUGUGUAUAAUAUCAUGGGUAACUACUCGAAAGCACUUGAAUUUUACGACAAAUCACUUAAAAUAAGAGAAAAAGCUCUGCCUCCGAAUCAUCCCGAUUUGGCUACUUCCUACAACAACAUCGGUCUUGUGUAUGACAACAUGGGUAACUACUCGAAAGCACUUGAAUUUUACGAUAAAUCACUUAAAAUAGGAGAAAAAUCUCUGCCUUCGAAUCAUCCCGAUUUCGCUACUUCCUACAACAACAUCGGCCUUGCGUAUAACAACAUGGGUAACUACUCGAAAGCACUUGAAUUUUACGACAAAUCACUUAAAAUAAGAGAAAAAGCUCUGCCUUCGAAUCAUUCCGAUUUCGCUCAAUCCUACAACAACAUCGGUGCAGCGUAUGACAGCAUGGGUAACUACUCGAAAGCACUUGAAUUUUACGACAAAUCACAUAAAAUACUCGAAAAAGCUCUGCCUCCGAAUCAUCCCGAUUUGGCUACUUCCUACAACAACAUCGGUCUUGUGUAUGACAACAUGGGUAACUACUCGAAAGCACUUGAAUUUUACGACAAAUCACAUAAAAUAGGAGAAAAAUCUCUGUCUCCGAAUCAUCCCUCAUUGGCUACUUCCUACAACAACAUCGGCAUGGCUUAUUCCGGACAAGGUGACUACCCAAAAGCACUUUCAUAUUUAGAAAAGGCGCUUGCCAUCCUCAAAGAAUCACUCCCGCCAACACAUCCUAAUAUUAAAGCGGCGAUGAAUAAUAUUGUCAGUGUGAAAAAGAAAAUGUAA